GCUAUGGUAAAAAAGGAUACACAUGCCUGAAGUAAUACAACUGAAUGCUUAAAGAAAAAACCAAUGCAGAUUUUCAACGUUAUCUAGCUCUUUCAUCUCUUAUCAAAAUGCUGUCCGAAGUGAUCUUACUUGUUGCAUUUGGAGUUGUGUAUAUCAUUCUAAAAACAUACGUCCUCCAUGUGUAUCGUAGCUUAAUUGGCAUGCCACCUGGACCAUUUCCUCUUCCAAUUAUUGGAAAUUUGCAUCAGUUAGGUAUCAUGGCGCACGAGCAUUUGCGCAUACUUUCAAAAAAACAUGGCGAUGUUAUGAGGAUCUUGAUUGGCUCCGAAGUUUCGAUCGUUGUAAGUGGAACAAAGGAAGUGUUGGAAGGGUUAGUUACAAAAAGCGUUGACUUUGCUGGUCGAAAACCGACGUAUACUUUGAAUUUGACCAAUACAGGAGGAAAAGGUAUAGCGUUUGCGGAUUACAGCCGUCGUUGGCAAUUCUUUCGUAAAAUGGGCCACCAAUCUAUGAAAAUGUAUGGUAGUGGAAUAAAAACAAUUGAAGAAUUGCUAACAAGAGAGAGUAGAGAACUUCACAAAAGAUUUGAUGAGCAACUUGGUGUCCCUGUUGAUUUACAUCAUGAGCUAGGUUUAGCCGUGAUGAACGUCGUAUGUGCAAUGAUCUUUGGUCACCGCUACGAAAUAAAUGAUCCAGAAUUUCAAAACUUGAUAAAAUCUAAUACACUGUUCGUGCGUGGUUUCGAAUAUGAUAGUUUCAUCGAUGUGUUUCCAAUUCUUCGCUACCUGCCAAAUAAAAGAAUAAAGACAAUCUUGUAUGGUCUAAGUUUACGCAAUCCUGUUAUAAAAAGACAUUUGCAGCAUCAUAAAGAAACAUUUGACCCUAAAGUGGAAAAUAAAAGUGAUUUAGCUUAUUCAUUACUGACAGCACUAAAUGAAGCAGAAAAAGAGGACCAGAUUAUCAAAUCAUACCUAACUGAUGAAUUACUAAUUGCCAUGUUGGACGAUAUGGUAGGAGCUGGCUCUGAAACAACAACAACUGUUCUACGUUGGUCUGUAGUAUAUUUAGUCAAUUCGCCAGAAUCUCAAGAAAAGUGUUAUCAAGAAAUUAUGAACGUCAUUGGCAAGGAAAGAUUACCUGUGCUGUCCGACAGGUUAUCCUUGCCUUAUGUGGAUGCAUUUGUGCACGAGACGUUAAGAAUGAGUUCGAUAGCGCCCAUGUUUGUUCCACAUAAGACCACAUGCGACACGACGUUGGCUGGAUAUUCUAUCCCAAAGGAUACACAGGUUAUUUUUAACGGAUACGCAUUACACAGAGAUGAAAGACAAUGGGAAAAACCAUGGGAAUUUCAUCCUGAGCGAUUUCUUAAUGAGGAAGGAAAGUUAUUACCACCAGGGCAUCACAAGGCGUAUUUACCUUUCUCUGCUGGACGUCGUAUAUGCUUAGCUGAAUCUUUAGCAAAGAUGGAGCUUUUUUUAGUGAUCAGUCAAAUGAUAGCUAAAUAUAAAUUUGUAAAGUCUUCAGAUCAUCCUCUACCAAGUAUGAUUGGCGUUCCAGGUUUAUUUUUAGGACCUGCUUCUCAUAAAGUUCUUAUAGAGAAAAGAAUGUGAAGAUAUUCGCACUUGCACCAGAAGCUGCAGCAAUUAAGUCUUAAGUCCGGUUUCCAUACAGUAGCUUUUCCGCCCAGUCGUAUCUUUAUUUGGUGAUUUUCUGGUCACUAGAUGUAAAUAGCAGAUAUUCGUCGCAGCAAAGUUUUAUAUUUAUUUUAUGCAGCAUGAAUAACAACGCAAGAGAGACAUGUGACAACCUCGUCAUCAUAUGCCUGAAUGUCUCUAAGGAAAAAGGUUAUUACUUUGCACCUCCGCCAUAAUUAUUUUUUUUUCUACUCAGAACAAUUGAUUAAUAGAUAUUUUUACUUUACGUCUGGAGGAAACAAUGUAUAUGUGGCUUAUCAAUGGCUUAUCUGAAUACAUAUUUUUAUUUAUUUCA